GCAACUGAACUAUACUUUAAACAUGAUAUUGAUAAGAAUUACCAUUUAAAUACACUUACCGGGAUUACGAAUUAAUCGCGGCACGUGUAAAUUUGCCGGGGAAAUUGGAGCUCUAGAGACUCAUGGGAAAUGUUUUGUUUGUUUUUCAUUUUACGUCACAUGAAUUUUAACAAGUGAGAAGUUUAGGAUUUUCCACGUGAUUUUCCACGUUUGCUGCAUGGAUAUACACAUCUGAUGUGGACCAUGUCAUUUUGAUCAAUUACCAUUCUUAGGACAAGUCAUUUUUUUCUACCUCGAGUUAUUAGCAAGUAGCUACAUUAUUUCGGGAGUUAAUAAUCAAAUGGACCGUGUCACACUUCUGUUUUUCGCAACCUAGCUAACGCUAGCUUUCUGUUCUAGCUAGCUACCAUUCCAUCGCCGAUUGACUGGUUAACCAUCAACAUGGCAAAGCAUAAAACAUCUGCAAAAUCUCUUAUAAUUGAAGAUGAUGAAGUCCGAGAAGAUGGUGAUGAUAUGAAUCCCUUUUCCUUCAAAGAGUUAAUCCGCAGUAAAAACCAAGGGGAUUCAGAUGCAAAGAAGUACCCAAUGCGAAAGGAGGCAUAUGGGAGCACAUUCUUGGGGGAAUAUACUAUCCCGGGCCCUAAGAGCUUUGAUCAAGACUUCCAGGGUCACUUUUACAUAGACCCCGCACCGUUUCCUCAGUCUCUGGACAAUGAGACAAAGGAGUGGGCUGGGAGUUACCAGCCAUCAGCCAUUGAGGAGGCGCAUGAAUUUAGACUGUGUGGCACUGCAGCAGCAGACAGCAGCACAUACUCUUCCCUGUGCACCGAGGAAGAAGAGGAUACUUCCUUAUCUGUAUGGCAGGUGGAUGAAGAACUUUCACCAAAGGCCCCCCAGUACAGGAGUGCACCAGUGAACUAUGAGGGAGAUGACGAAACAUCCAUGGCAGAGCUCUCCUACAAGACCAAGAAGAGUAGUACAGAGAAUGGCCAUAGGGAUCAACAAAAGCUGAGGGAGGAAAAUACACAGCUCAGGAAUAACAUUAAAUAUCUUGUGAAAAAGUCUGAGAAGGAUGAUCAAAGAAUUCGACACCUCACAGAUGAGUUGCACAAGAGAAGAGUGCAGGGGGAGAGGGAGGCUCAGGCUUUAGAGACCAUGGUCCACUCCGUAGAGCAGAACCUGCAGUUAAUGACCAAACGAGCAGUGAAGGCUGAAAACAUUGUAUCAAAACUCAAACAGGAGCUUCAUCAAUUACAGGGCCAAGUAGAGGGGUGCCGAUAUGAGAAUGAGAGACUUCGAGCUAGAGAGACAGCUGCCUUAAAUACAAUGAAACACAACGCGCAAGUGGCCUCGGAGUACCUUAACAAAGCAGCACUCAAUGCUGAGACUUCCAUCAAGAAAUUACUUACGGGAGCAGAAACUCUUUGUCUGGUAUCUCAACUGCUGCAGUCCAUUGACAACAUAUCUGAGAUUCACAAUGAAGGCUGAUGGAGUUUAAGGAGGCUAUAGAAUUUAGAUCUAGGACCAUCCAUCAAGAAACUGGAAAACAAUUAUGGCAUGUCAUUGUCACUCAACAUUCCCAGAUAAUCUAAAGUUGUAGUGUGUGCACUGAUUUGUGACAAAAUAAGAGAUAUUGCUUUUUUAAAAACUUGUACUUCAUAAAAUGUUUAGUUUUGAACCACUUUAACAGGCCAUUUGAAAACAAUAUGCUAACAGCUGUAUUUAAAGCUGAGGCAAAUAUGACUGUGACUCAAAGUUGUUUGUGUAUUAUUUUGUGAGCAUUGUUUACACAUUUUACACUGCAUAUGUUCCACAAUCUUUGCUUGAACGUAGUCCUACUAUUCGUAGUAGGAAUUAUCAGGAGACUUCCUGUAGCUACCUGUCAGUUAAUUGCUUGCUAAGUUUUCCAACUGCUGAUACCACUACAUUUUUUUACCAGAAAUGGUAUUGUAUCCACAUUUGCUAAAACUGUCAGUCUGGUUAGUAAUGAGUGUCUUUGAUAGUUGUUAAUUGUACUGGUAUUACAGUAUUAAAUAAUACGUAAAUACAUUAUUAUACUAGG